AAGACUGGUAGGUUAACGGCAAGGAAAGUUGAGAAAUGUAGCUAACGAUAAUUAUGUUUUCAUACAGACGUAAUGUGCAGGAUGAUAAAAGCCAGUAGUUUGCACUUAUUAGCUCAUAGUUUUUUGUAUUUUAACUGAACGUGCGCUUGUCAGUUAGUUGGCAUAGUUAGUUAUUUAAAUCCAACAUAAUGGCAGAACGAGGAGCACAUUUGACAGCCGCAGCAGCAGAUGACAGACCUUCUAUUUUUGAAGUUUUAGCUCAGGAUUCUUUGAUGAGUGCUGUCAAACCUGCAUUGCAGCACGCCGUCAAAAUCCUAGCUGAAUCCAACCCUGCUCGUUACGGAAUCCUUUGGAGGACAUUUGACGAGAUCUAUGCCACCCUGGACCUGCUGCUGCAGCAUCACUUCCUGUCGCGCACCAGCGCGUCCUUUUCCGAGAACUUCUACGGUCUGAAGCGCGUGGUGACGGAUAGCGCGCGACCGGCCUGCCGUGGCCUUCCUCGCAAGCAGCAUUUGCGCUCUCUGCUUCUCCUAGCGCUUCUCCCGUACCUGCGUGCCAAACUGGAGAAGGUCUUUGCUCGCCAGAGGGACGAGGACGACUUCUCGAUACGACUGCCCCAGUCCCUUGCCCAGAAGAUGUACAGGGCCUUUUUAGCAGCUUAUCCUUAUGCGUGUAUGGCAUGGGAGGGCUGCACCUUUUGCCAUCAGCUUUUGUAUAUUUUUGGCAAGACACGGACGCAUUCACCCCUGCUGUGGCUGGCGGACGUUAAACUGUCCUAUCUCACAGCUCACGACGUUCGCAACUUGGACCUCAAACUAUCAGGCCCUGCUCUUAACCCCAGUCAGAGCAUUGGGGAGAAGGUCUGGCAGGUCUUGUCCACGGUGAUGGGCGGGGUGGAAGUGUCCCUCUCUACUGGCCUUUCUCUGGGGGUCUUCUUCCUGCAGUUUCUUGAGUGGUGGUACUCCGCAGACAACCAGAGCACCGUCAGGUCGCUCACCUCCCUCCCCACACCCCCUCCACCCCUUCACUUGGAGGACCGGGUCACGUCACCAGCAUGCAGCAAAAUCUGCCCAUUUUGUAGGAAAGUGCGUGCCAACGACACAGCAUUGGCCACAUCAGGCUAUGUGUUCUGUUACCGGUGCAUUUAUACGUACGUCAAGGCCAACCACAGGUGUCCCUUAACAGGCUACCCGUCUGAGCUGCAGCACCUUAUUAAGAUAUACUCCCCAGAGGGGUAGGUCAUGCUGGUUUUGUGGCAUUUCUGAAGUGGUGCACAAGUUGUGUGUACAAGACUGAGCUCCUGAGGAUGCCCUAACAUUCUUGGCUUUAAGUUGUUUAUGCCUUGUGCUGUUAACCACAGCAGGUUCAGUAAUGUCGGUUGUAUCGUGUUCAGGUACAUGGUGCCACCGCAUUCCCUUACCUCUCUCAAGAACACUGUGUAGUUUGAAUGCCUCUGCUUUGCACUAGUGUGCAGCAGCUUUGCUUUUUAAGAAAUGUACUGCCCUCCAUGUCUUACACAUGCAAGAUUAGGGUUGGAAAUAAACUCGGUUUCUAGUGAGA